AGCUAACUAACCCAACUUAAAAAUUAAAUAUGUGAAUAUAAAUCAGUUUUUGAGUUUUGUAGUGUCAUUAAAUUUUUUAAUAAUAUACAAAAAUGAGUAACAGUGUCUUAAAGGAAGUAUAUGAAGUUGAGUCUAAACAUGGUGCAUUUUAUACAGGAGGAAAUGUUCAAUGGAGUACAGAUGGAGAACAUAUAUUCUGUCAAAAAUAUGGUGCCGUUUCUAUAUUGUCAGUAAAGAAAGGCAUAGUAAUAUCUUAUUUGGGAGAGAACAAUGAUAAUGAAGAAGAGGAUACAAUUAAGGCAUUCACUGCAUUUGAUAAUGAUUUAAAUAUAGUCACAUAUCAUAAAAGCAGUCUUUUCAAAUUAUGGAACUGGAAAGAUAACAAAUUACUUAAAUUAUGGAAAUCUCUUCACAAAAGUCCUGUAGUUAGUAUUGCACAUUCCAGUGAAAGAAAUUUAAUGGUUUCUGGAGGUAGUGAUGGUACAGUCAGAUUUUGGAAUUUACAACAUCAUACUUGUAUACAUAAUUUGAAAGGGGUUCAAGGAGUUGUAAGUGUUUUGCACUUUCAUCCAAAUAUUGAAAAGGAACUUAUCUUUGCUGCUGGGGAUGAUAUUAAAAUUCAUGGAUGGAAUAUCAAAUCUGGUAAAGAAGAGAUUACUCUUUCUGGUCAUUUUAGUAAAGUUACUUCUUUGUCUUUUUCCAAAAAUGGAGAUUAUUUAGUUAGCUCGGGAAGGGAUAGAGUACUUAUUUUAUGGCAUAUUUCAUCUGGAUGCUCAAUACGUGUUUUGCCAGUUUAUGAAGAAAUAGAAGAUAUAUUUAUUGUACCUGAAAAUGUAUCAUCGUCUAUACCUUUCUAUAACAAAUAUAAAGAUGGUAUUCAUAUUGCUGCUGCAGGAGAAAAAGGUGUUGUAAAAAUUUGGGAAAUGAGAAGUGGUAUAGAAGUAUAUGAACAAAAAAAUUCUAUAGUAUCCUCUGUAAAAGAAGCAGGAAGCCUUUCAAUUACACAUUUACUUUAUAAUAAUAGCAGUAACAACUUUGCAAUAGUUACAGUUGAUCACAAUAUAAUUAUUCAUUCGUUAGAAACGUUCGAGUAUGUAAAACAGUUAGUAGGUUACAGUGAUGAUAUUUUAGAUAUUGUAUAUCUUGGAGAAAAUGAAAGUCACGUAGCCAUUGCUACUAAUAGUUGCGAUAUAAAGAUAUACAAUAUUUUAACUAUGAAUUGUGAACUUGUGUGUGGACAUACAGAUAUUGUUUUAUCACUUGCUACAACACCUGCUAAUUCCAACUUACUUAUAUCGUCAGCAAAAGAUAAUAGCAUUCGUGUUUGGUUUAUGGAUAAACAAACAGCUAAAGUAUGUUGCAUUGCAUCUGCUGUCAGACAUACUGCUCCUGUUGGUUCUGUUGCAAUUUCACAAGCAUCUUCUAAAUUCUUUGCUUCUGUCAGUCAAGAUUUGUGUCUUAAGUUAUGGAAUUUACCAAACAAGAUUGAGUCUGAAGGUUCCUUAAAUGUAAUUCAUACAACACUGGCUCAUGAGAAAGAUAUUAAUAGUGUAACUAUUUCGCCAAAUGAUAAGUUAAUCGCUACUGGUUCGCAAGACAAAACAGCUAAGUUGUGGUCCGCUGAUGACUUACAAUUACUUGGAGUAUUUCGUGGCCACCGUAGGGGAGUAUGGUGUGUUCGAUUUUCGCCUAUAGACCAAGUACUUUUGACGACAUCAGCAGAUUGUACCAUAAAACUUUGGUCACUGUCAGAACUCCACUGUUUAAAAACAUUCGAAGGUCAUGAAUCAUCAGUGUUAAGAGCAGAAUUUUUAACGCGUGGUAUGCAAAUAAUUACAACAAGCGCAGAUGGUCUUUUAAAACUAUGGAGUAUUAAAACAUCAGAAUGUAUGUGUACCUUAGAACAACAUGAAAGUCGCGUGUGGUCACUUGCAGUUAGCAAAAAUGAGAAAACUAUUAUUAGCGGAGGUAGCGAUUCAUUACUAAUUAUAUGGAAAGAUGUAACUGAGGAAAGAAAAAUAAAAGCAGCGAUGCAAUUAGAACAGCUUAUAUUAGAAGAGCAACAAUUAGCAAAUUUAUUUAAAGCAAAUCAAUUGACAACCGCGCUAAACUUAGCUUUAAAGUUAGGACGCCCUUUCAAAGUUCUUAAAAUUAUAGAAAGUAUUUUAAAAAAAGAUAAAUACGAACUGGAACAAACAAUUCAUAAAUUAAAACCAAUUUAUAAAGAAGAAUUACUUAAAUGUGCUAUUACAUGGAAUGGCAAUAGUAAAAAUUGUCAAAUUGCUCAGGUAGUCAUAAAUGCGUUAAUACUGGAGAUGGAACAUUUGGAAAUCCAAACAAAAUUAACUUCUACAUUAGAAUCUGUGAUACCAUAUACUGAACGCCACUACAUAAGAAUGACAAAAUUGUUACAAAAUCUGCAUUUACUUACUUAUACUCUUCACUGUAUGAAACCACAAACUACGUUUAUAGAAACGAGCAAAACAUAA